AUGGCCACAAAUAUGUAUCGAGUCGGAGACUACGUGUACGUUGAGACAACGCCGAAUAGUCCCUAUCUGAUACGCCGCAUCGAGGAGCUGAACAAGAACCAAACCGGCAAUGUGGAGGCGAAGGUCAUGUGCUUCUACCGGCGUCGUGAUCUGCCCAACCCACUGGUGCAGCUGGCCGACAAGCAUCAACUGGCCACAGCCGAGGACUCACCGCUGGCGACCAAGCUGAAGAAGACCUGGCUCCGCACACCCGUGGGCGAGGAGCAGGCGGCGCAGGCCGUGCUCGACCCCUCAAUAGCUGCCUUGGACGAGGAGCGCACCAGUCCGACGCAAGCGUCUGGCGGCGGCGGCAGUGGCAGUGGCAGUGGUAGUGCAUCUGCAACCAGCAACAAUGCCGGCAGCACCACCACCAACAACAAUAACAAUAAUAAUAACAACAACAACAGCAGCAGCAGUGGUAGCGGCAGUGGCAGUGGCAGCGGCAGUGGCAGCGGCAGCGGAGGCGAUGCGGAAAAGGGCGAGGCGCUGACCAGCAAACAGCGCUACCAGAUCAAGCACCGCGAGCUGUUCCUCUCACGCCAAGUCGAAUCGAUACCCGCCACACAGAUACGAGGCAAGUGCUCCGUGACGCUGCUCAACGAGACGGAGUCCCUGCAGAGUUAUCUAAAUAAAGACGACACAUUCUUCUACUGUCUGGUCUUCGAUCCGAAUCAGAAAACACUUCUCGCCGACAAGGGCGAGAUACGUGUCGGCAGUCGCUAUCAGUGUGAUAUUCCCGCCAAGCUAAAAGACACAGUCACGGACGAGCGCAAGCUCGAGGAGCUGGAGUCGCUGGUAUGGACGCCGGAGCACACACUGACGGAUCGUAAGAUCGAUCAGUUCCUCGUCGUUUCGCGUUCCAUUGGCACCUUCGCCCGCGCCCUCGACUGCAGCAGUUCUGUGAAGCAGCCCUCGUUGCACAUGUCGGCAGCGGCUGCCAGUCGGGACAUUACACUGUUUCACGCCAUGAACAUUCUGCACAAGCACGACUACUCGAUUGAGGAGGCCAUGUCCUCGCUAGUUCCUGUCAGUGGACCGGUGCUCUGUCGCGAUGAAAUCGAGGACUGGAGCGCCUCGGAGGCAAAUCUCUUCGAGGAAGCGCUGGACAAAUAUGGCAAAGACUUUAACGACAUUCGACAAGAUUUCCUGCCUUGGAAAACUCUGAAGCAAAUCAUCGAGUACUACUACAUGUGGAAGACCACCGAUCGCUAUGUGCAGCAGAAGCGCGUGAAGGCCGUCGAGGCGGAGCUGAAGCUCAAACAGGUCUACAUACCGCAAUACAAUAAUAAUGGUGGCAAGGGCGGCGGCAACGGAGCCUCUGUCAAGGCGGGUAGUGGCGGUGGCGGCAUUUACAAUGGCACCACCAACGGGGGCACCGAUCUCUCAAGCAACGGCAAACCCUGCGAGUCGUGCGGAACAACUAAAUCAUCACAGUGGAACUCGUUUAGCACCGGCCACAUAACGUGUCGUCUCUGCCAAAGCUGUUGGGAGUACUGGCGGAGGUACGGCAGUAUGAAAUCCGCGAAUAAGGGCGACGCCAGCAGCGACAGUGAUGCAAAGAAGAAGGCCUUGGCUGCGACGACCCCUACGGCUACCGCUGCAGCUGCGGCUACAACACCCACAGCCGUAGUCGACCUCAACGAUGACGAGAAAAUCAGUGAUCUAACCAAUCGUCAGCUGCACAGGUGUUCAAUUGUCAAUUGCGGCAAGGAGUUCAAGCUGAAGACCCACCUGGCACGCCACUAUGCGCAAGCGCAUGGUAUUGCCAUCAGCUCCGGUUCUCCGCGCCCCAUCAUGAAGACGCGCACUGCCUUCUACUUACACACCAAUCCCAUGACGCGCGUGGCGCGCAUUAUCUGUCGCAGCAUUGUCAAGCCCAAGAAGGCGGCGCGACAAAGCGCCUACGCCAUCAAUGGCCUGCUGGUGAAGCAAGAAUUUACGAAUCGUAUUAGCGGCAAAUCUCAGGCGGAGAUCAAGAAGCUGCUAUUGCUCAAGCCCAAGGAUCGUGGCAGUGUUACUAAGAUCGCCAAUCGCCUGGGGGCGCCCGGCAGCGGUCCCCACGAGUGGCUGGUGCUGACGCCCAAGGACAAAAUGCCACUGCCCGCUGUCGUCUCAUUCCCCAAGCCGCCCAAAGCAGCGGAUGGCAGUUUAGUCUACGAUCGCGUUCCCAACAAAUCCCCCGACAUUGUGGCCGUGCCGGCCGAGAAAGAACUAACAAUAAUUCCAACGCAUGCCACAUCAACGAUACGAAAGCGGGCGCACGAGGAGCAGCAGCUGAACGGCACUGAAGUAACUAUAGUUCCCAGUGGACCGCCUCCAAAAAGGCCGAACAAAGAUCCUAUGCCCUCGCAUUGUCCUAGUCCCGAACAGUUUGCGGCCAUGAUGGCGGCAUCGGGACAGCCACUCUCAAGGCACCAUCUCAAUGGCAAGCAGAAGAUUGCGCAAAUGGCACGAGGCGGAAACGGACGUAAGCAAGUCAUUAGUUGGAUGGAUGCGCCGGACGAUGUUUACUUUAGGGCCAACGAAACACACAAAAAAACGCGAAAAAUACUCUCAGCCGUGGAGCUGCGCCGUGCGGCGCGCAAGCCAUGGCGCACACUGCCCAUCAAGCCUCUGGCUCCCGAGCCAAGUAGCAGGCCCAUUGAAUCACAAAUCGUCAUACUGGACUGACCGUCGCCGGCACACACAUCAAGAGCAUCAGCAGCAGCAGCGCCAUCGGCAGCGGCAGCGGCAGCGGCAAC